AUGGCCCUGUUCACGUUUACCCAGAAGGCGCUGAGCAUAUCGCUCGAAGGAAAAGAUGGCGAAGAUUGGAUUGACAGUCGCAUUUAUGAAGGAAUGCCAGGAUGGCCAAGCGGCGAGAAAUGGCAAGCAUUGAACCAGUCCGUGGACGGGCGAUUGUCCAACUGCCUCCCUGCGGUAUGCGGCUCGGCAACUCCUGGAGUCUAUGCCAUUGUCGCCCAAAGCGCACAGGACGUGAGCGCAGGAGUGAAGUUCGCGACGGAGAACAAUCUUCGUGUAACAGUCAUGGGGACUGGUCACGACUUCCUCAACCGAAAUCAAGGACAAGGGUCGCUCGUCAUCAACACGCGAAGCUUUAGAGGCGUUCAAGUCGUCCGUGACUACGUGCCGCAAGGCGCACCAAAUGGCACGCAACCUCAGCCGGCAGUCGUCAUCAAGGCUGGUCACACGUUUAUCGAGAUCAGCCCGGAGAUCGAAGAGGCUGGCUUCAUGAUGGUCGAAGCUGCAGACCCUACUGUUGGAGCUGCGGGCGGUUGGGUACAGGGAGGCGGUCAUGGACCCCUGGCUAACCAGUACGGGCUCGGCUGCGACAAUGCCAUCAGCUUCGAGGUUGUUCUUCCUAGCGGAGAGAUCGUCACGGCGAAUGAUUUCGAGAAUCCGGACCUCUUCUACGCCCUCCGUGGAGGAGGUGCUACCACGUACGGAGUAGUAACCCAGGUCACUUCGCGUCUCCAUCCACUCGCAACCACGAAUGCCAUUCUGGUGGAUAUUACCGGGCCGCAGGAACAAUUUUUCGAUGCUAUGGCGUAUCUUUACGCCCUGAGCCCAAACAUGACCGAUUUUGGGUUCACGGGGUAUCCAACACAAGUCGGUAACACGUAUAGCGGCUUCUUCGGUGCUCCGGGGAAAACGGACCAGCAGACCUCCGAUUUCUUCGACCCGAUUGCAGCCCAUAUUCGCCAACUCGGCGUGAACGUCACAACGGUUUUGCAGUCGCGGAGACGAAUGAAACGCGAAGGAGCUGAUACGGCCGGCGCGUCCAAGAAGCUCCAUCGCCGCCAGGCGGGUCAGAAGGGACGUAUGUCAUCGCGCCUGAUUGCGCGGACCUCGUUCUCGGAACAGAAUGUUCCGGCCAUUCGUAAAAUGAUCGUAGACGCGACGAGAAACGGAAAUUCGAGUUACUCGUUGCUGCCUUACCCUAUCCUCGGUGGACAGGUCGCAAAGAAUAAGGAUCUGGAGGUUGGGGUCAAUCCCGCCUGGCGUGAUGCCUCGAUGCAUCUCAUCGCUCUGGGCUUGACCACGCACGAGGAUAAACUAAUCAACAUUGCGGCAAUGGAUCCCCUCAGCGUAAAUUCCGGAUCCUAUUGGAAUGAGGGAUAUCCAGGGGAGCUUGAUUGGAAGAAAACGUUCUUCGGUGGGGGAGAACAUUAUGAGAAGCUGUUGGCCUUGAAGAAAAAGUUCGAUCCAACAAACUCUCUCUGGUGUCAGAUAUGUGUUGGAGCGGAUUUGUUGGUCUUGAAAGAAGACGGGAAGCUCUAUCCAGCCUAG